AUGGCCGAGGAGUUUCUAGACACGCAUUUUGGAAAACAUGACCCGCAACCGUUCGAGGAACCAUUACCUUUAUCUAUCGGUGGUUUGCUAGACAAAGUUUUCUGGUAUCGAACUUUGGCUUCGAAAAAGAAAACAUCCGCUCCCGGUGAAGACAACCUUUCGUACGAAUUACUGACCCAUCUCAAACCCGCGGUUACCGAAAAGAUAAUUGAAUUGAUCAACGACAUGUGGAUGAGAGGAACUCUGGACGAAAGUUUGAAGAUAAUUAAGGUGAUCGCCAUACCAAAACCUGGUCGAGACCAGAGCACCGUAGCAGUGCAAGAUCGACUUAAUAUGAUUAAGGUUCUAAGUGGGGCAAAACACGGUGCACACCCGGAAUCAAUGAUAAAAAUCCAUAAGGGACUCAUUCGUAGCACAAUGGAUUACGGGAGCUCUGUGUACAAUAACGCAAGCAAAAGUAACCGCAAUAUUCUUGCUGUCGUCAACAACCAAUCCUUGAGAAAAGUCACGGGAACUACUAGAAGCACACCUAGGAACGUACUGGUCGCUCUUAGUGGUCAAGAGCCGGUAGAUCUUAGGAACACAUAUAUCGCUUCGAGAGAAAUCUGUAGGCAUAUGUCAAGAAAUAAUCUGAUCGCGCGUCAAUUAAGAACAAUCGAAUUACCAGACGAUGUGAACAAAUGGAAUCAGUUCACCUACAUGGAAAGAACUUAUUGGAUGAACAGAGAACUAUUCGAUAGCAUUCAAUCCAUCGAGCGUUCUAGCAACCUGUUAAAAGUCGAAGUAUUUCCAUUUUUAGAAGGGCUAACGGUAUCGAAACAAAACUCAAAUCCAAUGAGGCUGAAGCAACUGGCACUCUUCGUUAUGAACGGCAGAUAUCGAGGUCGUUGCCGUGUUUUUACAGAUGCCUCUAAGGAUGGGUCGGUUUGUGGUAUAGGAGUUUUUGUAGAACAAACAAGAACGAGAUUAUCACAAAAGCUUGCUAAAGAAACCAGCAUCACCUCUGCGGAACUAUUAGCUAUCCACAAAGCCACAGAAAUGAUCGACCAGCAGUGUCUCGAGGGAGCCGUGAUCUACACGGACUCGCAAGCGUCGUGCCUGAUGUUACUUAACGCACAGGAAUCCAAGGAAGCCGAAAGUAUUUUGCUGAAAAUUCUACAAAACUGUUCACGACAUCGGAUCACCAUCCAAUGGAUACCAAGCCAUGUCUCUAUUGGUGGCAACGAAGUGGCAGAUGCACUGGCAAAACACAGUCUCCAGUCAGGACAGGUGAUCGAAAACGGGUACAUGCUUACGGAUGGUUUCAACGCUCUGAAGAAAAUACUGGCUGAAAGCACAACAGAUUGGUACACACGUUACUCUACUGAAAAAGGAAAAAUUUUCCAUACGAUACAACCGGAAUUUUCCACCGCACCAUGGUUUGUGGGAAAGAACCUAAACGGAAAAGAUGUAAGGCUACUAAAUCGCUUGAUGGCCGGCCACGACUUUUCCAAGCACUGGCUGGCGAAAAUGAAAAUAAACGACGAUGCUGACUGCGAACUUUGCAAAGUACCUGAAACUUCAAAUCACAUCAUUUUCUGCUGCCCACGUUUCGCCACGACAAGGAGGAAGUACGAUUUCUAUACCAAGUACACGAAUCUGCAGGAGCUAUUCAAAUCUAAAGAAAUAUCCCAUUACGAAGAAGUAGCUAAAUUCACCAAAGAAAUCAAAAUUGAUUUGUAA